ACUUUGGCUUUGAGUUUCGGGGUGAGUGACGAGCACCAUUUCGCUCCUCAGUUGGCAUCUUCCACGGCCUAAGGGCGCUUCACGUUCCCCAUGCCGAGUUUUCUCCACUGAUUUCACUGGAACCGCCUUGAAGGUCUCUUGGAAAAACCGGGCUCUAAGCCGAUUUCGACCCAAAUCUCAUCAAUCACAACCUCAGUCAAGCAUUGAAACGCGAGGAGAGCCGUGCUUGUUUGUGGGACUCCUUCGUGGAGAGUGUCUAGAGAACUGAAAAAUGUUAGAUCAAGUGGAAGAGAUACCUCGGUAAACCACUCCGAACUGAGUUGACUUGGGGUCCCUUCAUCGUCUCUUAUCGAUUAUCCCUGGGAAUGAGACCCACCACAAAUUGGAGAAUACGAAUCCUGAGCUGACAGGCCUGUGGAGUGGACGGAACCGAAAAUCUCCCAGGGCUGUUUCAGUGCCACAGUUCCAAGAUGAAACAGAGUCUGGCGCUGAAUGCAGUGCUUGUCUGUUUGAUUGAGGUCGCUCUCGUGGGCAGCGACUCAGUGUCUUAUGAAGACUGCUUGGCCGAUCCCGAUGUUAUUUCUGAGGCAUUUUGUCUGCCCAAGGGCUACAGGAAGGAUGUACCGCCUUCAACCAUUAUGCCCAUCGGAGUAUACGUUAAUCUUCCAUUGAGCGAGAUAAGUGCCAUCGACGACCAGCACUCGCAAAUCAGUAUUCGCCUCUCGUACAAGCUACUCUGGCCAGAGCCAAGGAUGGUUUUGAACACGUCCAUUGAUUGGAAUACGGUCGAGGAGAAGCCCGUAGCCGCAUCGCUGAUUAGACACUUCUGGACUCCGGAUAUCAUCAUCCAUGAUCUGGUGGAGUUCAAGAAGCCUGAGGUUAUCAAGGAGGUCGCGGCUCUUCAAAUCAAGAAGGAGCACAGUGUCUACUUCAAGAUAAGGAGUGACUUGACAGUGGUCUGCAAGGGAAUGGAAUUCGCGCUCUAUCCGUUUGACAGUCAUGUGUGCCACCUGAAACUCACCAGUUUUUCUCAUGAUACCAACGAGAUGAUCCUAAAUGGAGGCUACACGUACAACCAAGACAACCAAAGGGCAUUGCCAUUCAAAGUGGCCAUCAGUCGGAUGAAGGAUUCAGAUGUUUACAGAGGGCAUAACAGCAACUAUUCCAUGUUUGCUCUAGAGAUUCGCCUUCGCCGUUAUGUAUCUCCGUAUAUUCUGAGUUGUUUUCUUCCCACUGGGAUCUUUGUCGUGGUCUCAUGGGUGUCAUUCCUUAUUCCUGCAGACAUUAUUGCUGCAAGAAUCGUACUCUUGGUCACCCUGGUCUUAGUUUUGAUUAACAAAUUCAAUUACGUCACCGAGCGGAUUCCUGUUGCAAGACAGGAAACGGCCCUUGAGUUUUGGGUGUCUGCCUGUAUUUGCCUGGUGUUUGCAGCACUGGGGGAGUACGCGUUUAUCCUCUGGAAGAUGACCAGGCUACGCCGCCAGGAGCGGGAAUACAACCCCGAGGCACACCAAUCCAGUUGGCCACAAGUGCCUGCCAACGGAGAGGUCGUGGGGUUAAGGUUCAAUGGCGGGCACUCUCUUCAGUUGCAAAAAUCGGUCAAACUGCCCACUGUGGCCAUGAUUGACCGGCAUGGGGUCAGGAACCAAGUAGCUCACCGCCAUCAGCGUCUUACUUCACCAGUUGUGACCUCACCCAUCAAUGUGCGACCGCAAGGCCUCGACUUGGACCAAUCAAGUAUUAGCGACUCAUUCAUAGAAUAUGGGGCAGGGUUCUCGGAAAACUAUAACCCCUCCUUGCGUGGACAUGAUGAGGUGAAUCCAGCUCGCAACAGUAGCCAUGCCAAGGUUCACUGGAAAGAUCCAUUUUGGAAGGAUUCGUUGGAGAUUGGUGACAGGUGUCAGGAAUCUCGAAAGCCGGGCCAAACGAAACAAGAAGAGGAGUUUGCUCGGAAACGCAAGAAGUAUUUGGAGGACUUUGAUGAGCAUGCACUGAAGGUCUAUCCGUCACUAUUCCUUACUUUCAAUGUGAUCUAUUGGUUCUAUUACAUGUUCUAUUGCCACUGAUAUGCGCAUGCCACAUAUGCACAGAUUAGGUACUUCUGUCUAAAAUAUUGAUCUUGAAAUUCGGCUCAAAGUAAUCAAAUAAAAACAAUUUCAGCUCAAACUCGAUUCGGCUCUAUU